CAUACCUAUCACCUCCCCAAAUCCAUCUCUCACACUCUCUCAUCCCCCAGAAGUGAAAGGUACGGAGAAGGCAGAGCGGUAUGUGAACAAAGCCAGUCAGACACCACUGCAGGGUCGCAGACAAAGUAGCAGCUUUGAGAUGCCUUCACAAACGGACAGCAGCGAGCACCUCAGCGGCCAACCGGAGGUUUGCAGUCAGACCUGAGGAUGGCAGGUGACUCUUGUGUCCAGAUGGACCAUGACAUGGAGAUUGGCGUAACCCCCAAAGAGCAGCAAGUAAAAAAGCUUCCCAAACACCUUCGGGAGGCACAGAUCUCCACAGAUCGCACUCAUCUGAUUGCAGACACUGCGAAGAAGCCCCGGCAACGCUACGUCCAGAAGGAUGGCAAGUGCAACGUGCACCAUGGCAACGUUCAGGAAACGUACCGCUACCUCAGUGACCUCUUCACCACGCUGGUGGAUCUGCGCUGGCGUCUCAGUUUCUUCAUCUUCACCUUGGUCUAUGUGCUCAAUUGGCUAUUCUUUGGGUUCCUCUGGUGGCUCAUUGCACUCGUUCGAGGGGAUCUUCUGCAUGCAGAUGAAGAGGGCUGGACGCCCUGUGUGGAGAACCUGAACAGUUUUGUCUCCGCCUUCCUCUUCUCCAUUGAAACGGAGACCACCAUCGGCUAUGGCUACCGGGUCAUUACAGAAAAAUGUCCAGAGGGAAUCAUCCUUCUCCUGGUGCAAGCCAUCCUGGGCUCCAUUGUAAAUGCCAUGAUGGUGGGCUGUAUGUUUGUCAAGAUUUCGCAGCCCAAGAAUCGAGCUGAAACACUCAUGUUCUCCCACAAGGCUGUGAUCUCAGUACGAGACAACAAGCUCUGCCUGAUGUUCCGCGUGGGAGAUCUUCGGAGCUCUCAUAUUGUGGAAGCAUCGAUCCGAGCCAAGCUGAUCCGCUCGGAACAGACCAAGGAGGGCGAGUUCAUCCCACUCAACCAGACGGACAUCAACAUCGGCUUUGAUACAGGUGACGAUCGCCUCUUCCUGGUGUCGCCCCUCAUCAUAUCACACGAGAUCAAUGAGAAGAGCCCGUUCUGGGAAAUGUCACAGGCACAGAUGGAGAAGGAGGAAUUUGAGAUUGUGGUCAUUCUGGAAGGCAUGGUAGAGGCCACAGGAAUGACCUGUCAGGCACGCAGCUCCUAUCUGGACUCGGAGGUUCUGUGGGGCUAUCGCUUCACUCCUGUGCUCUCACUGGAGAAGGGUUUCUAUGAGGUGGAUUACAACAACUUUCAUGACAUCUACGAGACCAACACACCUUCCUGUAGUGCAAAGGAGCUGGCCGCCAGCCCAAGGGAGGGCCCACUGCUCCCCCAGCUCUGUGUACUGAGUCCUGAACCCAAGACGCAGGUCCAGGGGCACCUCGCCAGGAGCGGGCAGGGGAAAGGAGAGACCAAUAAUGGCUCAGCCGACCUGCCGGAGGAGAACCGCUCACCCUGAGAGAUAACACUAACUUUGUUCCCACUGUGCUUUGUUCCCAUUAUCCCUAGUGUUUCGAUAUGGUGCAGAGAUUGAGGCCCGAUGUAAAGCCAUUAAAAUAUUUAUACCCUAAGUAUCAGUAUAUACAGACUCAUGUCAGGCAUUUAAAUUCAUUCAUUUUGUAUCCCAGUCAAUCAUAAAUUUUCAUAUUACUAAUCAAUAUACCGUGCACUGGGAAUCUAAUAAGUAGCCAUACACAGUACAAUAUCAUAUAUUGUGCUUCUGCGUUGAAUAUGAAUGAUCAAAAUAACUUUUUAGUAUUUGACAAAUUGCUUUGAUGUAACACUGCACUAAUCAUAGUUUUGGGGUUCUCAAGAACUCCCAUGAACUGAGAAGAAAAUGCAAUAUUUAAGAUAAGCUGUUCACACUCUUUGUUCAGUCACAGAGGAGGUCAUAACUUUGAGCUACUUUCCACUGCAGACUUAUUACUGCUCAUGACUUCACUUAAUCAUAUGAUUACAUAUGAAAAGUACAUGGGAAAAAUCUCUGGAUCCCAUAGGAGAGAAGCAUCCUCCGCACUCUGGACCUUAACACAGAGUGGAAGAUUAAUGCCUGUUUCAGUGGGAUCAGGAAAGAAAGCAAUCCUUUAAAGAUGCACCUGGUGGAUUUUCAUCAUCAGAUUUAAGGUAUAUUAUAUUCCCUUCACACGUCGAAUCAAAGACUCUGCUUACUAUGUGUAUACUAACUCAAAAUGUUGGAUUAACCUGCUUUUUAAUCAAAACACAAGCACAACCUCAGCAGAGACAGACACACGGUUAUCUGCUCUCAACUCAAAAUAAGGCAGUAGUGACUGGGUCACAUCAUGCAGUGCUGGCUUAUCCAACAUCAUGCAGUGCUGGUUUAGGAAGUGUCUCUUAUCCAACAUUUGUAUGAUACAAAUCUACAAAGUUUUGUUUUGUUUUUGUUUUGCCUUCCCUGACAACCUCUGUUGCAAAGAUUGAGAUUGUUUUAUAUUUUAUAUUGAUUUCCAUUCAGUCUGAGGAAUUGAGUGAAUCACAACUCACAGGCAAUGAGUUGGUCAACUGGUAAAAUUAGUCAGUUUUAAAAUUGGUAAAAUUGGUCAAUUUUAGAUUGCAAUACAGGGUAUUUUCUAAGGCAUGUGAAAUUUAUCAGACACCCCAAUACAUACUGAACAUAAACAAAGUAGGUUCAAAAAUUCGUAGAAAGGUUUAGUCACAUAAGCAGUUAUUUGCAUUUUAGAAGGUUAUCAACCAAGACAUUCAAAGUCACUCUGCCUAAUCUUUUAAAAUGUAUAUUCCAGUUAUUCUUUAGAUUACACCAUUUUCCUUAAUUGGUAUGUCAUGAUUUCUCUGGGUAUGUGGGAAUAAACUCUGAACUGGCCACAUUACCAGAGCUCAAGAA